ACUGCCUGAAACACUUGUAAAAUUUGUUCUCACAUAUUCACAAUGAUAUCUAGUGUACAAUAGCUGAAUCUUGUCCGAGCUGCAUAGAAUUGUCUUCCUUGAGUUGUUGGCUCUUCUGUCCUGUCUGAAUCAUUUUUAUAUUUCUUAUUUAUUCUAGGUAAUUUCAUUUUGGAACUGCGAAUUGACUUAUUCAGCUUGUUACUUUGACUCGCUAGACUGACGAACAGGAACAAUAGCAUUUUGAGAGGAUGACUCCGCUCCGCUCUCCUCCCUUCCCCCGCUCCUAGCCUAAGCUCCUCCACCAGCCUCGCCGCCGUCGAACCCUCUCCGGUAGCCCUCCUCUCCUGCUGUCGCCCUCCCCACCCGUGCCCGCCCCCGCGGCCAUGCCUUCCGCCGGCACCUACUUCGGGGACUCCAGCCCCGACGGAUGCAUCUCUAGCCCCGACGGCCGCAUCCGCUGACACGGUUAUGCGGGUGAGUCCUCCGGCUCGCGGUCCUUCCGCGACAUCGUGAGAACCACGCCGACCCCGCGUAGCCCCACGCUGUCCGCGCCAAGCCCUGCCCCCGCACUCGCGGCCCUGGUGCCCCACCGCUCGACCGCGCCGGCCGCUUGCGUCCCCGCCUCUGCUCGCCUGGGCCCUCGCUCGGAGGUCCACCACGUCAAUGGAGGACUCGUGCUGGACGUCGAAGGCUUUCAGCAGCCGCGGCACAGGAACCGCCGCUAGCACGAGCGGCGCCCGGCCGCCCCAACCCCCCACUCCGCCGUCGCAGUCCCUUCCCCGAAGAAGUCGCUGGGCCCUGCUUCCGAUGUCUUGAUACGCGGCACCGGGUGCGGGACUGCACCAACCCCGUGCGUUGCCGCCGCUGCCUCAUCUCCGGCCACGAGUCCAGCGGCCGCGAAACGCUCCUGCCCGGUGACCGCCGCGGCGCUGCCUCAGACCGGCCCCGCCGCCGCCCUUCAGCGCCCGCGUGUGACUCCGCCGCGAUACGCCCCGCCUCCGGCCCCACCCCCGCCGCCCCCGUCGUGCCGGCGCGGGUCACCAUCCCCCGUUCCAUCGAGAUGGAGGCGGAAGAGGUGCUGACCCACGACAUGGGGGCCACCAUCACUGGCACCAGGCCUUCCAUCUCCCCGGCCAAGGUGGAGACAACCCUGCACACCAUGUUUGACCUGCAGCCUAGUGACUUCACCAUGCACCUACAUGCCCUGGAAGAUUUCCUCAUCUUCUCCUCAUGGCAGAUUAUGGACAGUAUGGCCGGCGACCAUCUCAUCAAUGCCGACAACUUCACCUUGCUCCUCCGCCCAUGGUGCAAGCUCGCCCACCCCACCGCUGGAAGCUUUGUGUAUUCUGUGCAGCUCGAGCUCCGCGGCAUCCCAACGCAGGCAUGGCAUUUGUCCAUCGUUGAGCACAUUCUGGGGGCUGGCUGCCGGAUUGAGCGGCUACAUCCGGAUACGCGCUCCUGCGCUGACCUCGCCACGUCCCGGCUCGCUGGGCGUGUGCGAGACCCGGCCACCAUUCGCCAGGCGGCCAUCUUGGAGAUUGUGGAGCAAGUCCCCGCACCCCGCCCCGGUCUGCCCCUUGUUGUCCGCACCCUUGAGUACCGCUCUCCGUCCGGCUCACCAGGUCUGAACCCCUCCCCGCUGAUGGAGCCGCCACUGUGGCGGCAACACUAACGGCAACGGCAAAAGAUUCCGCGGUCCAUGGCCCCGGGCGCGGUCAUCAACGAUGGCGUGGCUGGAAGCGCUGCCGCACGGCCACCGCACCCGGCGGACGCGCGGACGGCAUGGCGGUCGACUCGGCGGGCUGGACACGCUCCAACAGUUGGCAGCGCGACGACGGUGUGGCGGUUGACUGCGGCUGGCCUGCAUCCCGCGCUGCCAUGACUGCGCUUGCGCCACAACCCGUACAGGGGUCUGCGAGAUGCAUGGAUGCAUGGCCCACUCAGGAGGGGGGCCGCCUCCCUCGUCGCAGAGCCAAAAGAGGAAAGUGAGGGGGAAGAAAAAGCGUGCAAGGACUCACGCCGUGCUUGCAAAAGCUGCAGCCGUGGCAGAUCCGAGGCCGACCGUGACGCCCACUCAGCGCUGGUGCCUGCCAACUUGCUAGCUAGCCCCAGCCCAUUGGUGCCAAACCACAACCUUCUUGUUGUCGGGCCCGCUCAGAGCUAGUCUCACGUGUCGCCGUGCGCGUAGGGGGGCAACCCAACUAGGGCAGGGCCACCAACGACCAGUCUACACGCGCUUGGGGAUCAGGACGACCUGUCCUCCACCAGUGAGGUCCUAGAUUCGCUUCCAGAGGAGCGCCCAACCGCCGCAGAUGCUGAUCCGCUGUCGGGACAAAGCAGUGCUUUGCCCUCGUCAGCCCUUGCUGCUGUUGCGGACCAGGCUGACCUGCGAUCCAGCCCCACUUGUGCGCCGUGGGAAAGCGCGCUGGAAAUUCAAAAUGCCGCCCACUCGACCUCUGCGGCCGCCAACGAUGCCCUCGAAACGGGCCGCCUUUCCCCCUUGGCCUAGGAACCUAGGCGCCUUCUGCAGAGGCUCCAGCCCACAGGCUGCUAUGUUGACGGGCCCGCCUCCACAGGCCCAUCGUUGCCUGCUCCAACC